ACGUCUGUCGAAUAAAUGCAAUUGUUCUUCCACGACUGGUUCACUGCCCACGUUUCCAGUUGGAACACCGAUUCACACUGCGCGUUUCGCAUUGAUCGGGCCCCCACGGAAGCCCCGCCCCCCUCCGCCAGAUCUCCCCUCUUUCGCUUUAAGCGCCCCCACCCCCCCACCCCGGACUUUGGCUGCGCUUCAGCUGGGCGGUCAUUUGCCCUAGAAAUCGCUGAGGCAGCAGCAGGGGGUGGGAGAGCGGCAUGUGCCAGGGGAGGGCAAGCGGCUGGAGGGGACGGGGCAGAAAACACGCAGCCGCUCUUCGGCCACCAGAUCUGCACCGCCAUGGAAGUCUCUCCCCAAGCUCCCUCCAAGGAUGCCUAUUGUGCAGCCAUGGUGCUGUCUGGAGCAGGGGAUGCUCUCGGAUAUCGCAACCAACGCUGGGAAUACUGCACCUCAGGGCCUCAGAUCCACCAGGAGCUCCAGGAAAUGGGGGGACUUGGCCAGAUUUGUGUGUCCCUCCCUGACUGGCCUGUCAGUGAUGACACUGUGCUGCACCUUGCAACUGCUGAGGCUCUAGCCACUGGGAAAAAUGGGGAGCCUCUGCUCCAGGAACUGGCUAGCCGUUAUGUUGAAGCCAUGAAGGACAUGGACGGCAGGAAGCCAGGACCCACAAGCAUUCUGGGAACUUCCCAGUUGCGACCAGAGGAGCCAGGGGGAUAUCGUAUUCCCUUCAACCCCAGUGCAACAGGUUGUGGUGCUGCUAUGAGGUCCAUGUGCAUUGGGCUUAGGUAUCCACAUCCUUCAGAUCUGACCACUUUGGUUCAAGUCAGUGUAGAAAGUGGAAGAAUGACACAUCACCACCCCACAGGCUAUCUGGGGGCCCUGGCUUCUGCCCUUUUUACUGCUUAUGCUGUCCAGGGCCUUCCUCUUGAACGCUGGGGAUUAGGGUUGCUCAAGACGCUGCCCCUCGCCUUAGAGUACAUCCAGAGUACUGCAGCUGACAGUGACUUAAAUGUGGGGUCUUGGGCUUAUUUCCAGGAGAAAUGGGAAUGGUACCUCUCAGAGCGGGGCCUUGCUAGUGGUCAGGGUCCUGCCCGUUUUCCUUCUGCCUAUGGUCCUGCUGAACGAGAUGUCAUCUACAAAACUUUCAGCUUGGAUGGCUGGGCUGGGCGGAGCGGUCACGAUGCCCCCAUGAUUGCCUAUGAUGCUCUGCUAGGCGCAGGGGAUAGCUGGGCGGAGCUGUGCAGCCGUGCCAUGUUCCAUGGUGGAGACAGUGACUCCACUGGGGUGAUUGCAGCAAGCUGCUGGGGUCUCGCUCAUGGAUUCAGAGGAGUCCCAGAGGGAAACCACCAGAAGCUUGAAUACCGAGACAGGAUGGUGGCUGCAGCUGGUAAUCUCUAUGAUCUUGCUUGGGGACAGAAACCUGUCUGAGAGACCUUUCUUGUUACAUAGCAUCUCUGACCCCCUGUGGAGGAAUUGCAAAAUGCUGAAAUCUACUCUUUGUAGAAUAAACUGAAGCCGUCUUUACAAUU